UCGAAGUUAAACUGUCAUGUCUGCCUUGGGAACAGUGUUGGCACGAGUGUGAGAGAAGUUAAUGUUUAUUAAAUGUUCUGUAGGUCAGCGUGGUCGGGUUUUAAAGCGAUAGUUUGAGGGUUGUUUGUGAAUGAACAGCGCUGAGACGCUGCCUGUGCUGGACUGCUGCGGAGGACUCAGUAACGUGGAUUAUACACAGGUGGACAUGUCUGUACUGUCUGAUUUGACGAGGCAUGUUGACCCUACUGAGCCUCGGUUCCUUGUGGCCGUCAUCGCCAUCAUCUUCAACCCUUUCUUCUGGAAUGUGGUUGCCAGGUGGGAGCACAGGACGAGGGGGCUGACGCGGUUGUUUGGAGGUCCAUAUGUGGCGUGCUACUGCCUGGGCAUACUUAUCCUGCUCCUCAACGUUUACCGCAGUCACAGCAUUACCGUGGCUAUGAAGGGUCAGCCUCGGCUGGAGCUGAUGGACAGAGUUCAGGUGUAUUAUGCGGGGGCUGCUCUCCUGGCCGUGGGCUCGCUGUUCGUCAUCAGCAGCUUCUUGGCCCUGGGCUUCACUGGGACCUUUCUUGGUGACUACUUUGGAAUCCUGAUGGAGCAGAAGGUCGCAGGUUUCCCCUUUAAUGUCCUGGAGAACCCGAUGUACUGGGGAAGCACUGCCAACUAUCUUGGCUUGGCCUUAAUGAAUGCCAGUCCUGUAGGAGUUGUCCUGACUGCUGUGGUGGCGUUGUCCUACAGAGUGGCCAUCGCAUAUGAAGGGCCGUUCACGGAGGAGAUCUACCGGAGGAGGAGUCAGCGCUGCAAGCACCAAUAACACUGGAGUGUGUUUGUCUAAGGACCACGGCCGACGUCCCACUCAGCGGUGUCCAUCGACACGACUCGUAAAACCUCUCCACUCUGGAGCAGGUGUAGAUGAAGACGAGGAGAAGUCUGCUGCAAAUGUCAUCGCUCGCUUAUCUCCAGCUUUAAACCCCCCAGCUUCUGAUUGGUCUAGAUCCACUGAGGUCUACUGUAGGAGCAUCACAGUGAUGGGAGCCUUGGUAGACACCAGUCCUAAUGUUCCUCAGCUAUUCAGUUCUGAACUAUAUAGACUUCUAGAGGACUGUCUGAAUCCUACUAAAUCCUUUAACCCAGGUUUUAAAAUAGUUUACAGUGUUUUAGUGCAUUUUCACGUCAGCACUAUCUGGUUCGUUUGCACCCUUGGUCCAGUUUGUUUUAGCAGGUGUGCAAACUCUGAGGCAGUUCUUUAGUGGUGAGAACGUGAUCUAGCCUCGAUACGACCCAAUCAAAUACACCUUAAAUUUGAGCUAAACUGCUGUUCAGGUGCAGUUUAGACUGAUUUACUACCCAGAUAUUUAUCAUAGUAUUAAACAAGCGCUCGCAAUUCUCAUGCUCACGUUCAUGCAAUUCCAUUUACCAACGCAAUUGCGCAUGUAUUUAAAAGUGCAUCUGCACAUUUUUGUUCAGUGUUUAAUGUUAAAGCAGCUUCAAACUGCACAAAUAUAUAAGCUAGUCUGGAACACGUCACCUUCCUGCUGUAUUUACUUUUUUGCUCUUUGUUUAUUGGUGCACAUUUUGGUGCAUCUAGGUUUUUGCCUGUGUGAAAACAAACCAAACCCAGUGAGAAAAUGUUCCAAAUAAACAAACUAAUCAACUGAUUUAGACCAGAGAAGUUAACUACAGGUGUGAAAACACCCUUAAAAGGCCUGACAACCACAUUAAAUCUUCUAAAUACUUCUUUAUGUACAACAAAAAAGAAAUAGUCCAAAAAUGAGUUUAAAUAAUAUCUUAUUUCCCAAUAAAACAUAAACAUAGCAUAAACAUUUUGCCAUAAGAAAGCAUCUCACAACUAGCUUACAUAUAAAAUAAUUUAUUUUUAUUAAGAUUUGAAUAAUACACCCUCUAUUGAGAAAGUAUGAAAAAAGCAGUGCUGCUAGGGCUGGGCGAAACUGUAACUCAUAUGGCAAUAUUUGUAGAGACAUGCAAUAUAAUGUAUAGGACGUUUAAAACGAUAACGUAUCAUUGUAACAUAUUAGGUUUUAUUUGUGAAUUUUUAGGUGUAGGUAAGUAAGUGUUUUACUGGUGUAGUAAAAUGCACUGGAUGAUGUUUGACAUGCUGAAAAAAGUCAUUAUUCGGUUUCUUUAAUUACAAAAUAUUUCUACAACAUAAUUUUUCUGCUGUGUUCUGCUGAGUGUCUUCCCUUUAGAAACCAAGCCAUUCCUACACAAACCACACGUUUUUGUAUAAAUGGUUUCAAAUAUAUCAAUAUUUACAAUUAAUUGCCUAGCCCUACGUGUUUCUUACAGUUAUUAUUUGACUGCAAAAAGUAUGUUUUAUCUGCUCAAAUUCGUUCAAUUUAUAAAUAAACUAAUACUUUAAAAAAUUACAUUAUUUUAGAAAUUCAGUUCAAAAUGUGAAACUCAUAUAUCAUCAUAUCAUUAUAUAGAUGUAUUAUACAUUGAUUUAUUUAUUUUAUUGUUGAUGAUUUUGAAUGAAAUCUCAGUAUCUCAGAAAAUUAGAAUAUUAUUUAAGAGCAAUUGGUACUUACAGCAGUGUGCAAGUCCUGCUGGAAAAUAAAAUCCGCAUCUCUAUAAAAUAUGUCAGCAAAGGGAAGCAUGAAGUGCUGUAAGAUUUUGUGGGAAAACAAAACUGCACUGACUUUAGACUCGAUAAUAAAACACAGUGGAUCAACACCAGCAGAUGACAUGUCUCUCCAAACCAUCACUGAUUGGUGGAAACUUCACAAUAGACCUCGAGCAGUUUGGACUGUGUGUCUCUCCACUCUUCCUCCAGACUCUGCUCCCUUGAUUUACUAAUGAAAUGCAAAAUUUACUGAUGAUCAGUGGUGGUUUUGAGAGCUGAAUUACUAAAAAUAAAGUAAUUUU